AUGACUGACCUGUCAGCACUGAUCAUUUUGUGUCAUGUGCAGCUUGGUAAGAGACGAGAACCUGUAGUGCUAGAACAGGACCUGGAUGAGAGUUUCCUCUGGGUGAUGGUCAUAUGUGUUGACCAUGAUUUGGCCAAGCAGGACAUGUCCCACCACCAGGGCCGUGCGUCACAGGCCGUGAUGUGGGUAGAGUGUAAGGUGCUGGAGGCCGGCUGUGGAGGCAGAAGGAGGUCCCUGCGAUCAACGGUCAUGAGACUCCCCUGCUCCUUUUGGUUCCUGCUGCUGUUAGGCGCUGGAGGUCUUCUUCUUCUGCACCUACAGGACCUCACAGAGACACUACAGCAACAAAACCAAGGUGCAAAGGUCAUAUUCUCCCAAGUACAGUCCAUAAGAAAGGAACCGUGUCCUUAUUGUCCUGACAAUGACAGACAGUCUGAUCCAACAGGAGACAACUUUCCUAGACCUGCACAACCGGUGCAGCUUCCAGUCUUCCCAUGGGUCCAGCGUUCCUCUCUAAUCAACCCCAAAGAUAUCACUGCUGCCCAUGUCACAAAGAGCCACCGUAAACUCCUCCUUAAGAGCAGCCUGCUUGUCCAGCAGCUGAACGCUGACCCUCCUGGCCAGAUCAAGGAGAACCCAGAGCGAUUGACUAAGGUGCAGCUGUCCCGUCAGAGGCUGAUGAGGGAGGUCUGUGCCAAAUACACAAGUGGAACCACCAAACAGACUAUAACCCGCAUGCAUGUGUCCCGUAUCUUUGUGGAGGACAAGCACAAACUCCUCUACUGUGAGGUGCCCAAGGCGGGCUGCUCCAACUGGAAGAGGGUGCUCAUGGUGCUUCAAGGUCUCGCUUCUUCCACUGGAGAGAUCAAACAUGACGAGGUGCAUUAUGGGAAUCAUCUCAAGCGUCUUGACUCGUUCGAUCAAAAUGGCAUCAUUCGUCGUCUGAAGACCUACACCAAAGUCCUCUUCCUGAGGGAACCUUUCGAAAGGUUAGUGUCUGCUUUUCGGGACAAGUUCGAAAGUCCAAACUCGUACUACCACCCCGUGUUCGGGAAGCCCAUCAUAUCGAAAUACCGCAGCAAUGCGACGCAGUACGCCUUGCGCACGGGAGCGGGCGUGACCUUCAAGGAAUUCAUCCAGUAUCUGUUAGAUGUGCAUCGGCCGGUUGGCAUGGACAUCCACUGGGAGCCCGUAGGACAUCUUUGCAGCCCCUGCUUGCUGGACUAUGAUUUCAUUGGGAAAUUUGAGACUCUGGAGGAAGAAGCCAAUUUCCUUUUGAGAAGUAUCGGAGCUCCUAGCAAUUUAACAUUCCCUAGUUUUAAAGACAGGAACCCUAAUGCAGAAAGGACAUCUUUGGAUAUCACAAGGGGAUAUUUUGCACAACUAAAUGUGACGGAGAGACAAAGGGCGUAUGACUUUUACUACAUGGACUAUCUGAUGUUCAACUACUCCAAACCGUUUAAAGAUUUAUACUGAGGCUUUUACGGUAGUCUAAUGAACUUUCUGUUGGCCUGAUGGUCACAUUUUGUCCUAGUGAGGUUAUUUUAUUACUGUCAAAUGUCAUUGUUUAUUUGAUAGCAAAUUUCAAUGUGAAAUAUUACUCACAUUAUGUACUUAUCUCUGCAGGCUGGUCCUUGCAUUUAUCUUGUUAUUUACAAAACAUAUUCAAUUCUAUUCAGUAAGAAACCUCUUAAUGGGAUAAUCUGCCCCAA